AUGUCCAACCAAGACAUUCAUCCAAACAAAUACAGUGAACUAAGAAAUACCCACAAAUACUACAUCGAUAUAUACAACGCGUUGUAUCAGUUGAAAAGUGAAAAAGAAGAAGAAUUAAAGUCGAUUUUCAAAAUUAUCAAAACAGACUUGAUUGAAUCCAAUAAACAUCCACCCAAAGAUAUUAUGGCAGACAUUUUAAAUAUCAUUCCGUAUAACAAUCGCUAUACAAAGUCAUAUUUAUUUCUUGCCAAACUGUUUAUUGAUGAAUAUCAUGUUGAAGAAGUCAAGGGAAUCUCUGAUAUUUCAAACAUCCUGUUUUAUAAAGAAUAUGGGUUUAAAUUAAACAAAUCUUUUGAUUUCGAAAAAGAUGAUUUUGAAAAUCUUGAUAUUCAUAAAGAAAAUACAAUAUACAGAGCAAUUAUGAAUAAUGACUUAGAAAGAUUCAUCACAUUCACUGGAAUUGAUGGAUUUGAUAAAGAUCAAAAACUUAAAAGCAAUUUAUAUCCAUAUUCUUACAAUGAAUAUUCAUUACUUGAAUUGUGUUGUUACCAUGAAGCAGUUGAUUGUUUCAAGUUAUUAAGAACUAAAUUCGACUCAGAAAUAACUCAAACAUGUCUAGAAUUUUCAUUUUUAGGCGGAAACAAAGAGAUCAUGAGUGAAUGUUUGAAAUAUCAGGAACCAGAUCAACUUUGCAUGAUACAUGCAAUUAUUUCACACAACAUUGAUUUUGUUACAUUCUUGAUGAAUGAAUACGAUUUAGAGAUCGAUUUAGAAAUUUGCGGACUUCACAAAAAUCUUGAAUCCUUUUUAGUUUAUUUCGAUCAAACUAAUGAUAUUAACAAAUGUUUUGUUUAUUCACCUAUUUUUGAUAUUCCAUCCCUUAUCGAAUACUUCAUUUCAUUUGGUGCGAAUAUCAAUGAAAAAGAUAAAGACGGAAAAACCACACUUCAUAUUGCAGCAUGGAAUAAUAGUAAAGAAACAG